AAACGUUGUAUGGUCUUUUAUGUACAGUAGCAAAGUGUCGAGUCAUGCCGUGCAGCAGGUGGGUUACUGGAUAUUUGAGAAGAUGGUGUCUGUUAUGCAUGCGCUGUGUGAGGUCUGAUAAAACAGACUGCUUAUUAUAUACGUGUACGCCCCCCGACUCAAAACUUUAUUCAUUAAAGGCGAGAUUUUAAAACAAAUCGCAAAUCCCACCGGCUCGGUGCAUGGCGACCGUGAGGCAGCUAUGCGGGGACAGUUAGAGGCAUUCAGGAGCCGCUGCAGAAUAAUAAAUAAUGCGGUGAAUAAUUCGACGUUAAAAAUGUUUUUCUUAAAACAUGAAAUGUGUGUGCGACGUUUUUGAACAAAAUAAAUAAAUAAAUGCACGCGACCUGGAGACGCAACGCAAUAAAAAACCACGCAGGUGACUACGCUGAUCCGUGCUCAUAAUUAAUGUGGUUAUUGUGUCCAACAUUAACGCGUUCCGUAAACCUUUUUGCUGCCGUUGUUAUUCAUCCCAAACACUUGUAUGACCGCACGUGGUGUGAGGAUCGUCAGCAGGGCUGGACUGGCGUUGUACCAAAAAGCGAUCGCCUGCCAAAAACUGAUUUCCAAUGUUUCCGCGUUUUUUUUAGGCGUAAAUGUUCGUAAAUGGAUUUCGGUGAACUUCGGUCUUACAAAAGACAUUUUUAAUGUUAACGACAUUUUUUAAUUGCACAAAUAAAGGAUAUAUAAAAGUCACUGCCAAAAACUGUUUUCGGCUUCUACCUUUUUACAGGAAUGUUGUUUGUGGCUCAGGAUGACUUAAUAUCAUUCAUGAGGGACACAUUUGACAUAUGUUUCACGUAUUAUAGACUAACAAGUUAUUUAUAGCAGUUUAAAUACGAGCAAUCAGUUUUUGGCAGACAAUCGUGGGCUGAUGGGCAAAGGCGAAAUUAACGCGGUAAGAAACCUGAUGGAUGGACGUCAUUAGAAAGUGACAGAUUGAAGGAUUCAGUGCCCACACUCACUAAAGUGAUCGUGGAAGAAGGGAGCGCUGCCGUUUUGCCCUGUGCUCUCAGCAGCAAACAGGACAUCACUAAUGUCCUGUUUGACUGGAAGAAGGGUCGUCAGGAGGUGUUUAUGUAUGAUGCUGGUGACCAUUACAAUAAUGGACGACCAGGCCAAGAUAAGCAGUUCAAAGCUCGGGUCUCUCACCUGGAAGAAGAACUGAAACACGGUAACGCCUCCAUAAGGAUCAACAACACCAGGGUGUCUGACAGUGGGAACUACACGUGUUAUUUUCCACGGCUCAACCCCCCGAGAACGUUCAGCGUGCAGCUCGUUGUCAGUCCCUCCUACAUGGACAGAUUAGCUGAAAACAUUCUUGGCGCGUCUAUGACACCAUAUACUGCCAUACUUAAUGCCACAGAGGACGGGGUGACGCUGAGAUGUGAGGUUCCAGGUGUUUUUCCCAAACCAAAGUUAGAGUGGCAGGACAGCGAUGGAAACGUUCUCCCUGCCGAGGAGCCACGGGUCUCUGAAAAGCGAGGACGCUACUACGUCUCCCUGAGAUCCACCGUUAGCAGGACAACAACUAACCUGUUUGUCUGCGUAGCCAGGCAGGAGGACAUCCACCACCAGACUAAAGCAGAGAUCUAUGUGCCCGAGAAAAUGUUUGAGGAAUGCAGAGUGUCAGAUCAGAUCAGUGGUCAGCUGGAGUGUUGUGCUUGGAAUUCUAAUUGGAGCUGUGGGAACGUUACUCAUGAUCUGCACCAUCAGAACAUGUCAGAGACACAGGAGAGUGGAUAUUCCCAGAAUCUGUCUCUGCUUGUUAGAUGGAAACCUAAACCACAUUGACACCCAAAACUAUUCAGUUUCGGGUGUAAACAGUCAUUCAGACUCAGAUCGCUGUGGACCGUACACCACAGUUCCGAGUCCCAGUAUCUGUAGCAAGUGUGGAGAAACCGUGGAGCAGAGUGGCCCCAACAGCCAUGAUGCACCAACACCUGGGCCUGUGCACACAACAUAUUUGAGUGGUACUCAAAGGUCAACUGAAAGGGGUCAUUCAGACUCAUUCCAACAUGAACCUCAAACUGCAGAGUCUGUAAAUUUGAGCCAGUGUGGAGAAACAUCGGACCAAAGUGCCACCAACGGCCGUGCUGUGCAUGAGACGGCUGCAAACA